AGCCGCUUGGGCUGUGCGCACUGCUUCACAGUUACAUAUCCUCUCGCUUCACAUUGCCAACCCAACUCCCUAGAAUCUUGCGCACUUUCCUACUUUCACUUUUCUCACUCUUUCUUUACUCUUCUUCUUCUUCUUCUUCAAAAAGCAAACCCCGUUCCUAUCUUCUCUUGCUUUCCUUCAAUUUCCCUUCUCCUUCAGUUUCAGAAACGAGAAAAUGCCAAUCAAUAAAGACCCUUUAGCACCGCCUCCCAUGAUCGGCAAAAUUGGGCCAUACACUGUGUUCAUGACCCCACCUUCCACUCCUAGUCCUAAGCCUCCUCCUCAUACUACUUCUAAGGAAUCCACAUUACCUGUCUUUGAUUCACCUAAGAAGGUUGUUUCACCUCCUCCUCAACAAAUUGACAAGUCUGUUUAUUCCCAACAGGUCUCAGAUGGGUCUGUUCUUGGCUUCUUCAAAAAUGCUGUCAACAAAGUUCAAAAUGCACAUUCAAGCCUCGAUGACCACUUGGCAAGGUGGCUUGGGUUAAAUCAAUCAAAGUAUCAGUGGGCUUUGGAUGAUUACUAUGAGACCAAGGGCUUGGGUUAUCUUGUGAAGACUGCUGCAAUAUGCUCUUCAAGGUUGUGUUACUGCACGCUAGUUCAUUCACUAGCAUAUCAAUUCAAGGACGUGGUUGCACUGAAUAGAAAAAGGAAGGUGCAAAAGCCGAAGAAAUAUCUAGCAAAAUACAGAGAGUGUAGCAUGGCUUGUCCGAUUUUACAUUGAAGACCUGAUGAAUCUCCUUUACAUAGCGUAUCUAUAGAAGGUAAUGGGAUAGCAGAAAUGCAUCUGGAUGCUUGAAGGGACCCUCGUGCAAGUUUUUGGGAUAUGCUCUUUUGAAUUCUGUACUUGCUGCAGCAGCUUACCGGAAAUUGGUUGCGCACUAGGCUGUGAAAUAUGUCAUCUCACAAAAUUUUCAUGCCCCAAUAUUUGUCAUGUACUCUGUUUAUCUGCAAUCUAAUAACAGUACUAUCAAGUUGCAAGGAUGUAUUGUGAUGUCUUUGCACCUUUAAUUUAACUAAAGUAUUAUUUGCAA